AAAGAUCUCGUCAGGCAGAACUGGGAACUCCCAGAAUGGCUCAUUGAAAGAAAGCAAUGAGCAGAAUAUGUAAAACAGGCACACCUGGCAUUCACUUGAGGCAAAGAGUAAGGUUCACGGCACCCUUCAUCGCCUGUAAUUCCCGCUUUUGAGAGGAUGGCUGGUUACGGCGGACACAAUGCAAGAGGCACUGUCAAACCAUGCCCUGGCUUUAAUGCUUAUCAUGAUGCUGAAAAUCUUCGUAAUUCUAUGAAAGGACUAGGAACUGAUGAAGAUGUCAUUAUUGAUCUCCUGUCAAGCAGAACCAAUUGUCAAAGGCAACAGAUCAUUCAAGCUUUCAAGUCAGCUUAUGAUCAGAACCUAAUUGAAGAACUGAAGGGGGAGCUUGGAGGGGAUUUUGAAACUGUGGUUGAAGGACUAAUGCUGACUCCUGCUAAGUUUGAUGCACAGCAAUUAAAAUAUGCAAUGGAGGGUGCUGGAACUGAUGAACAUAUUCUAGUAGAAAUUUUAACUACAAGAACAAACAAACAAAUUCUUGAAUUGGCUGAAGCUUACCAAUCAGAGAAUGCGGUUAGUUUAAAGGAAUCUCUGCAGGAUGAGAAUGCUGGUGAUUUUGAAAAACUCCUUUUGUCCCUACUCAAGGGGAAACGAGAUGAAAGUCAACAUGUAGAUGCAAGUCUUGCAAAAGUUGAUGCUCAGGAGUUGUUUGCUGCAGGAGAAGACAAGUGGGGAACUGAUGAGACAACAUUCAUUAAGGUCUUCUGCAGGCGGAAUUUUGCUCAUCUCCGAAGAGUUUUUGAAGAAUAUUAUCAAAUAACUAACAAAGAUGUUGAAGACAGCAUUAAGGAUGAAAUGUCUGGCACAUUUCAGAUGGGAAUGUUGGGGUUAGUUCAAUAUGCUAAGAGUCCAGCUGGCUAUUUUGCAAGUAAGCUUUAUGAAGCCAUGUCGGGUGCUGGUACAGAUGAAAGAGGCCUAAUUCGAAUCAUAAUCUCUCGGAGUGAAGUAGAUAUGAUGGAUAUCAAAACUGAAUUUUUCAACCUUUAUGGAAAAUCAUUAUUUUCAUACAUUGAGGAUGAUGUGGGAGGUGAUUUUCGGAAGAUCUUGCUACGACUCUGUGGAAAGGAUGAAGAUGAAUAAAGUGGAUUGAUUGCUUUACAUCAAGGCCAUGACUCUGAGAUUGAAUACGGUGCAUUAUUCAUGUAGCCUCAUUCAUCAUUUAUUUAUAUUCUGUAUGGCGAAGGUGAUUUGUUAGAUAUUGCUAUACAUUGAAUGCAGGUUGGAUUCUGAAAUUUGCAAUUAAUUUGUCAACGCAUUUCAUGUUUGAGCCAGUAUUUCCAUAAACCCUGAAUAAACAGUACUGUUUUGUUUCUUCCAAGCCACUCUGCAUUGUAAUCAUUGUAACAAAAAUUUUGUUUAAGUAAAAAGAAGCAUUUUAUACAAGAGAUUUUAAAAAACACAAUUUUUAACACUUAAUGGGAGAAAUGAAAAUUUAAAUAUUCUACAUUUAUUUGACCUGGUAGGAUUAUUUCUGGGAGAAUGCCUGAUGUGUUGCUUAUUGUAUUUACAUGAGCUGAAAUUCGAUUGCCAAUUACUGUUUUUAUAGCUACUGGUGGAGUGGAGGUGGAGGUCAUGGCCUCUCUUUUAGAAAAUAAAAUUCUUGACUGCCUCA